UUUCCAUCUUCGCGUGUGAUCUGGCUCUGGCGUGGAUUAUUGCCCUCACCAACCACAACCGGGAACCGGGUCGGGAACGCCGCGAUGCGGCUUGGUUAGAGCUUGGAGAGCGCGGCACUUGUUUUGAUUCUUCCACCGAAACGCCUGCUGCCGACGCCACGAAAACCCCGCUGUUGGCCAACGACUUGUGCUACCAAAGCGGGUAGGAUGCAGCGGCACUGGGGCCACCGGGUCUAAGAUGUCGACACCGAUCAAGAGUAAAAUCACACUAGAACUGUCGAACAAGAAGUCCACACUACUCAAGGAUCGCCCCAGCGUGUUCCAGCGGCUCGGUACGAAGAAAGGCGGACGCACCUCGUCAUCGUCUCAGCAAGCUCAUCAGCAACAACAGUACCACUCGCAGGAUAGUGGCCUUACCGGUGGUGAAAGCAAGGAAGAAAUCGUGAAGCGGAUUGUUUCAGCCGCUGACGAGCAGCCGAAACCGGCAGCAAGCGUACCUGAAAGUGUCACAGCUCAUGCCCGGAUCAUACAGGCACAAUUAGCGGCGAAGCAACAGCAGCAGCAACAACAGCAACAGCAACAACACCAAGAGCAGCAGCAGCAGCAGCUCAAUUGCAUCAAUAUUGUUGCUCCGGUGCGACCGGAACAUCUCACUAGCACGGCCGUUGUAGCAGCAACGAACAGCGGCAACAGUAGUUGCGGAGGAGGUGGCACGACCGGCGGUGAAUUAUUACAUGCUGGUGGGGACGAGGUUCAGCAAACCAACAAUCCGCAGUACUUUCCCUCGUAUCAGCACCGCCAGUUCAGUCACUCUAGCCAUCCGGCUCACCAGCUGCAGCAACAGCAACAGCCUGUCGUGCGGGGCAAGCUAGAAGAAAAGGAAAUUGAGGAGAAGUCGGCGAAGGAAAGGGUAGACGAAGCAGUGGAGGUGGAAGAGCAGGAGCAAGAGCAGGAGCAAGAGGAGCCGCAACAGCAGCAACAGCAGCAGCGGCAGCAGCAGGAUCGUUACCAGCAACACUCGCAUCAACGUCAUCACCGUCACUACCGUCACCAGCAUCACGCCCACCAUCAUCAACGCCAGGAGCGUGACCAGGGGUUAGAGGUGGACUACGCGGAGCGGGAGACGGAGGUGGUGCAUCCCGGAGGCGGGCAGCAGUCGUCCUCUUACAAGAAGCUGUUGGGCGUCGGAGUCGGGCGGGUUGGGCGUCGGAGGCAUUCGAAUAGUAGCAGUAGCAGCAGCAGCAGGAGUAGCAGAAGCAACAGUUACCGUAUCCGGAGCCCGAGCAGCGGCGACGGCAGUGCCCGAGAAGGCGCAGGCGGUGCCGGUGGCACUGCAGGUGGUGGUGGUGGUGGUGGUGGGGGGCCCGGCGUCGACGGAACCGGCUGGGACCAGUCGUCCCUGGAGAAUGCUGACCAGGACUUGCUAGAGCGCAAGCGUAAACAACUACAGCACGAACUGAAGCUCGAAAUGGAUGCAUCCAGCAAGAAGAAGGAGCGUGAGCUCGGCAAGAAGCUGAAGCGACUGAGCGGUGGUGGAGCGAGCCAAUCGAGCUCGCACCAUCGUAGUCAGCACUCGCACUCGCAUCAUCAUCACCUGCACCAGCAGCAGCAGCAGCACCAGCUACACCAGUCGAUGCACCACCAGGUGCAGCAUCGGUCCUCGUCCAGCUCGGAGACAGGCAGCAGCAGCUCGGGAACCGAUUCGUCUGCAUCCGAGUCGACCAGCUCGUCCAGCAGCUCGUCCCACGAUUCGGCCCACCGUCGGCUGAAGAAGCGCCAUGCGGCGGCGGCCGCCGUUGUUGCAUCGCGCGCUCGUCGUGACGAUUCGAACUCGAGCUCGGACGGGCCCGCUGUCACUGUCAGCGCGUCGACGAAAAUGUCGAAGAAGCACGCCAAGAAACUGGUGGCCGCCCACGAAGCAGUAACCAGCGGGGGCAAGCGGCUGCUCGUGAAGAAGGUGGUGAGCAGCGUUGGCACUAGCAACACAACGAUAGUGAAGAAGGCAAUUCGAUUGAAGAAACUGACCGGGGGCAGUGCCAGUGUCGCGCUCGGUGGUAGUAGCGGUGGCAGCGGCAGCCACACUCGCAAGUCAGCCGUCGUCUCGUCCCGCGACCUAUCGCCCUCGUCGUCUUCGGCGGGCGGCAAGAUGGGUGGUUCCUCGUCCAGCAAGUACGGCACGGUAAAGACGAAGCUCCUGAGCGCCAAGAAGGAGAAAAUGUCCGCAAUCGAUGCACGGGAGCGUGUCCGCGAGAAGGAGCGUGAGCUGGUUCUGCGCGAGAAGGAGCGCGAACGGGAGAAGGAACGCCUGCGGCUGCGAGAGCGCGAGCGAGAGCGGUUAAAGCUCCGUGCCACCUCACCAGGUGGCCGGCUCCUCCGCUCUACCCUAUCGCCGGUACCGUCGCGCGGUUCGGUGCGUGAAAAGAAAAAGAGCCCUGAUCGGCGGCUCGUUGCCACGUCACCACCGCCACCGUUAUCCGCCCGCUACCGCGACAUGGUACCGGUACGGCGUGAACGCUCGCCCCCCGAGCUACGCGAUGAUUCGCGGCGCCGCCAUGAGGCGCUGAAGGAGCGAGAGCGUCGCGAGCGGCUGGAGCAACGGGAAAGACAGGAACGCCAGGAGCGUGAAGCGCUCAUUCGAGGCAAGGAGCGGGAACGCGAGGAAGCGCUGUUGCGAUCCCAGGAACGUCAGCGUGAGCGUGACCGUUUGACGUUGAAAGAGCACCAUCACCAUCAGCAUCAGCAGCAGCAGCAGCAUCAGCAACAACAACAACAGCAACUACAGCAUCAACAACAACAACCGCAUCAGCAACAGCAUCAGCAACAGCAGCAGCAACAGCAGCAGCAGCAGCAACAACAGCAGCAGCAACAGCAACAACAGAGGAGCUUGCGUGGGCGGCUGAGUGAUCGCGACAACGAUGGUGGGCUGGAGAAACCAGAUCGUCACCGGCCAGUCGAGCGACUGUUGCCGAGACCGGCGGAAAGGGCUCGCGCGCUAGCAGCAGCCCGUUCGCCGGGAAAAUCCGUCGACCGGGACCGCAGCCGGUCGGGAUCUCCUAGAAGUGCCAGUCGGUUGCGGGAUCGCGACCGCUCGUACGAGCGACUGGACCGUGUCUACCAUCUAGACUUGCACGAGUCACGGCGCAGCCGAUCCCGCGAGUACAUCACGAUUGGGGGACCACCGGGACCGAUACGUGGUUCACGGCGGGACAGUCCACCCCUGUACGAGCGGCACAUUGGCCACUCCUAUCGUGACGCUGACCUGGGCUAUGAGGAACGGCUGCUGGUGCGCGGUAGUGGUGGUGGCGGUAGUGUCGUCGGAGGAAACAGCGAACGAAUAGGAGGUGCCCAUGAUUACGGGCCACGGGACUACCCAGAUGAUCCGCCACCGAGGCGCGAUCACAACGAGCGCAGCGGUUGGGACCGGGAAUCGCGCGUUGAUGUCGUGGUUGAGCGCGGGCCACGAUACGAGCGGAUGGAACCGAGCAGUCGCGAUUCCGGGCGCGACUGGGACCGAGAGCACGGACCGCCCUCACACUCCGGCCAUGGACACGAUCCAGAAUCUUCGUAUCGGGAGGGUGGUCCGGGCCCCGGUGAACGGCGUGCCGCCUGGGAUGACGGUGGUCGCCCGUGGAAGGAGAAUGAAGUGUGGGCGAGCGAAAAGUCGGACCGGGCGAUGAACGAAUGGAAGUAUAGCAAAGAGCGCCAGUGGGAACACGACGAUGGCCAGCGGGGCGUGAUCAGUGGUCCCUCGUCGUCCGCUAGCUCGCACCACGGCGGGCACGGACCGUCGCACGGUAGCGGGAGCAGCGGUAGUGGCGUUCCACCCGGUCCACGGCGUUCCUGGGCACCACCACCGGCUCCCUCCGGCAGCGGUGGUGGUCCUUCCGGGGGUGGACCGUCCGAUUGGCACCCGGGUAAGGGUGGUGGGGACGACCGAGACUUUCUGCCGCAUCAGCUACCACGCUCCCACGGUGACCGGGGGCCACACGGUUUUCGGCGACAUCACGGCCCCGCACCGUACCACACUCACGUUCGUAAACCACCGCACCUUGCUGGUAGUGGUGGCGGUGUCAGCAGCAGCGGUGGUAGUGGCGCCGGUGGUGGUUCUGGCGGACUUCAGACAGGCGUUGGGGCGAGUCGCUUUGGGCCGAACAAGUACAGCUUAAACCGCACUCCCGGUCGCGAUCCGGUCGGUGGCUCAACGAUGGGACCAAACCAUCAAUCCAACUCCAGCCAACACCAGCACCAAUUACGCCAAACGCCACCGAUCCCACCGAUGGGUAUUGGAAGCCCUGGAGGUGGUGGUGCCACUUCUUCGGCUGCUGCCACUUCUUCAGCCACAAUAUCGCAGCCACCGCCACACUCGCAACCGGUGAACUCCCAUCCACACAGUAGCCACACACACCAUCCACAGCAGCGCGCUGGUGGACACUAUGAACCCCCGCAGGCCGCCACGGUUCAUCAAACUGCAGCGAUUGACGGUACUUCCGGACUUUCCAAUUCGUCCAAUCAGCAACAGCACCACCAGGUGAGCCAUCCAACGGCCUCGGGAACGAUGCCACCGACAACACACUCGGCGGUUGAUGUGCCCGGUGGGCCUGAGAUAACAAAGGGAGAACCGAUUGCGGACCAGCCAAGCAGUCCCUCGCCCGAAUCACCGGAUCCGGCUGAGCCUGGCCAAUCGAGCGACCUGGCAGUAGGAGGUGCCAAAUUGGUAUCCAAUGGUACCCAGGUCGGCGGUGUGUCAGCUGAUACACCAAGCCUAUUAGCGGACGGGCGCGUUGAGAAUGCUGCUGUGCGCGGUGAAUCGAUGGAGGUGGACAAUCUCAGCGAGAUUAGUGAUGAUCCGGACGAGAUACUGACGCGGGAUGAGGACAUUUGUGCCAGCGACUCGCAGCUAGAAGGUGUUAUCCAGCUCGAAAGUGUCAGCCAGCAUCACCCGACUGCAAUCCCACCGGAGCCGCAAGAGCCAUUGGAUGAACAGCAGCCAUCGCUAGUGCAGCUAGAGCCGCGUCUGCACGAGCCAUUGGAUGAGCAGCAGCAGCAGCAGCAGCAGCAAUUAGAACAAGAACAACUCCAGCAACAACAAGAACAACUGCAACAAGAUUCAAAGGAACAACAAAAUCAACAGCAACAAGAAGCACUUACUGCGGCGGUGUCGGCAGCAGUCGUCGAUGACUCCUCGAUCGCCGAUGGUGGUGUGGUAGCGCUGUCCGAAGACGUCUCCCCUGCGUCCAUGUCAGACGAAGCGACGGCGAGCGAGGGCAAGGCCGGCACACCAUCGGCCGAUACCCUAUCGAUCCAGGACCGGGACCGGUGUAAUGACGUGAGCAAGGAGGUGCUAGGGGGCGGAAAAUCGGCCGCCAACAAGGAACUCAAGGAAGAGAUGAACAUCGACUUCGAAGAGAUCUCGGACGGCGAGCUGGACGAGGAGAAUCGGUGCAAAGGGUUGAGCGAUCCACUCGGUGUCGAUUGGGCAGGCUUGGCCACUCAAGCGACGCCACCGCGACCAAUGCAGGAGCUGCAAAACUUCCCAAUGUCGGCCCGGAACCGCUGGAAGGCGCAUCACAUCAUGCUGGAAAUGGGGGUGUCGGUGCGAUUAGCAGGCGCCAGCUACGCCCAGCGAGUACUCAACGAGUCGGCCGACAAGCUGGCCGAGGACAUCGGUCAGUGGAAAGAGGAGUACGCUGCGUCUUUGGCUGGGAGGCAGCAGGACACCAAGCCGCCACCACUGCCGACCGCCGCAACUGCGAACAAGCUGACUCACCACCGUGACUACGCACCGGCAGAUGAGGAGGACGAAGGCAAACCCCGAGCGGUGGUGAUUGAAGAGGAGUCAACGAAUACAGGAACGGAGCAGCAGCAGCAGCAGUCACCAACUAACGGAGAGCUCGAUAGCAAACCGCUGAUACGCAUCAAGCACGAGGAACUGGACGAAUCGGAGAUCUCACCGGUCGAGAACCACAACGCCGUUGCGCUGGAACAUGGCAUUCUUGGGAGUCCUGCGUCGACGACUGUGGCGACUAGUGGUGGUGGUAGUGGUGGUGGUGGUGGUGACGCCGCGGUCUCUGCGGUACUCGCCUCGCCUGCCACCAUUACCAAGCUCGAACGGAUCGAGCGUUCGUUGAAGGAUCUGGAGCGCAUCCUUCACCCGGUUGUGGCAAUGCACGUUGGAUUACGCGAACGGGAGCAGGCUCGAUCGAAUCUGAUCCUGCAGACAGAGGCGACGGCCGGGCAGCCCCGGUACAGCGGGCGUGCCCUGAGCGCUCGCCGCGAUCUGCAGAUACGUCGCCAGCUCAACGGAUACCCGCCGACGGAUCCCGACGGUCCGAUGGAUCCGGCCAUCGGCGGUGGUACGAGCAACCCAUCGCUACACGAGGCCAUUGCCGCGGUGCAUCGGGAGCUAACGGAGUGCGCCAUGCGGGAAAAUGUGGCGUAAUGAAACACAUCGGAGAUUAAGGGAGAGAGAGAGAACAAGCGAAACAGACCAGCAAAGAGAGCGAAAGAGGUAGAGUAAGAACGGGAGGGGAGGGGGAGAGACUGUGCUGUGAGAGUGUUUUUACACACAGCCAAAAUUUGCGCUGCGAGACCGCAAUUGUCGGCAAAUCCAUAUAAAGUUUGACGUUUGCCGACAAUUGCGCUCUCGCAGCGCAAAUUUUGGCUGUGUGUAGAAACGGUCUCAUGGUGUAAUCUAGUAAUAUUUAAUGAAUAUUUGAAGAUUAAAUAA